AUGCAGAAAACACCCAACAACUCCACUCCCCCACCUCCCUCCUCCUCCUCCUCCUCCUCCUCCUCCCUUAUUUCUUCCCCACUUCUCUUCCCUCCCUUUCUCACAAUUCUCACAAGUCCUCCUCAUCACCACAACACAAGCAUGUCCACCUCCACCACCACCCCUCCCAACACUUUAUCCUACGAAGAAUGCCGCGGCGUUCUUCGCGUAUACAGCGACGGCUCCAUCGUCCGCUCUCCCAACCCGAGCUUUGACGUCCCCGUCCUGGACGACGGCUCCGUCGCCUGGAAGGACGUCUUUUUCGACCCGACCAAUCACCUCCAACUCCGCCUCUACAAGCCAGCAGCAACGACACGCUCUCCCUCCUUGGCCCAACUGCCAGAACUACUGCUUCCAGCUCGCUUCCCAGCUCCAGUGCGUCGUCGUUUCGCCCGACUAUCGCCUCGCUCCCGAGCACCGCCUCCCAGCGCGAUCCACGACGGCGCCGCUGCUUUGGAGUGGCUCCGGGCCCAAGCCGAGGCCGACGAGCCGGACACGUGGUUGACUGACGUGGCUGAUUUUGAAAACGUGUUUGUUUCGGGUGACUCGGCGGGCGGGAACAUUGCUCACAACUUGGCGGUUCAGUUUGGGCCCGGUUCGGCUGAGUUGGGGCCGGUUCGGGUUAGGGGGUAUCUGCUUUUAGCACCGUUUUUCGGUGGAACGGUUUUGAGUAAGUCGGAGGCUGAGGGGCCCAAAGAUGCCUUUCUCAAUUGGGAGCUCAUUGACAGGUUUUGGAGGCUAUCGAUACCAACUGGGGAGAAUACAGAUCACCCACUUGUGAACCCAUUUGGGCCAUUUAGCCGGAGCCUUGAACCGGUGGCUCUUGAUCCGAUCCUAGUGGUUGUGGGUGGCAGUGAUCUGCUCAAAGACCGAGCUGAAGAUUACGCAAAGAGGCUCAAGAAUUGGGGAAAGAAGGUUGAGUACGUGGAAUUUGAAGGGGAGCAGCAUGGUUUCUUCACCAUUCAUCCUAAUUCCCAAGCCGCAAAGGACUUGAUGCCAAUUCUCAAACGAUUCAUUACUGAAAAUUCCAGCUAA